UAUAUACUCUCUCCGUCCCAAAGCAGAGAUGGUGUUGGAGUCAUCCUCUUCAUGUCAUUGCUCACACUUGAGAGAGAAUCACAGGGGACCCUUAGUAGCUUAGAACUUCCAUACACAUCGUUGCAUGCGCGCGCGUGCAUGAGGUGUUUUCAUGGGUAACUACAGGUUCAGGUUAUCGGACAUGAUCCCCAAUGCCUGGUUUUACAAGCUCAAGAAUAUGGGCAGAGUCAGAAACCACCACAACACACCCUCCUCCAAGAAGAAAAAACAGUCAUCAUCAGGUUCAGAAACGCAGCCAUACAAACCAAAGCAACCCCACCUAUAUCAUCCAAGAAAAUCUUACUACUUCACUAGGGAGAUUAUCCCAAGUCAUACCUACCAUAAUUCUCCCAUAAACCCAGAAGUCUCAGACAACCAUUUUCCUGACCCACCAAGAAAAUCAUCCAAAAAAAGAGUCAAGAAAAGAACCUUGAGGUCUUCACCCAAGCUUGUCACCUCCUCUGUUUCUGCUCGUUGUAGCUGCCGUGCCACGCUUGACUCAGUCUCGACCAAAUCUGAUUCCCCACCCGAGUACUCAUCCUCUCCUUUUAGCUCACCGGAGCCAGAUUUUCUUGAGCCCGAAUUCAGGUCUGACCGUAUUCUCGCUACUGAAUCUUUUGAUGGAAUGGUUCCGUGGUCGAGCACUUGUGGCUGCAAAGCUAUGUCCAAUGCUGCUGACAUUAUUAUCGACGUGGAUAAUAAGCCUUUUUCUGGCAAGUUUGAGAAGCAAGAUGGGUUUGAUUCCUUAUCAGAGCUUGAUCAACUUCCUCCUAUUAUAACCAAGCCAGCUGAAUUCAAUGAUCUGAAAAAGACGGCAACAAAAGAGCCAACCAAGUAUAGGAGCAGGAGCUCAGCCAGAUUUGAGGAGAGAAAUGCUCAUGGGUCUCUAUCGGUUAAGGUUGUGAAGGAAGAGAGAAUUAGUAUGGAUGAGCAGAGGACUAUAAGUUCUGCAAAAAGAUUUUCCAUCACCUCUCCAGGAGUCAGGCUCAGAAUCCAUUCCCCGAGAAUUGCGAGUAGAAAGAUUCAGACACAAAAUCGUAGAAGCGUCUCGUCGAGUGCUUCGAGUUCAAGCUCGCGGAGGAGCCUUUCGGAUAGCUUUGCAGUCGUGAAGUCGUCGUUUGAUCCUCAGAGGGAUUUCAGGGAAUCGAUGGUGGAGAUGAUUGUGGAGAACAACAUCAAGGCGUCAAAGGACCUCGAAGAGCUUCUUGCCUGUUAUCUUUCUUUAAAUUCAGAUGAAUACCAUGACCUCAUUAUCAAGGUGUUCAAGCAAAUCUGGUUUGAUCUGACCGACGUCCAACCCAAGUAAUAAUCUGUGUCUAAAACCGCUUCUGUUACAUAUGACAUAUGUUCUAAUAAAACCCUUUUCGUUAUUGCUGAA